AUGCAACGGCCGGGAGAGUCGGGCGCCGCGCGCUUCGGGCCGCCCGAGGGCUGUGCCGACCAUCGGCCGCACCGCUACCGCAGCUUCAUGAUCGAAGAGAUCCUCACCGAGCCCCCCGGGCCCAAGGGCGCGGCGCCCGCCGCCGCCGCGGCCGCCGCGGGCGAGCUGCUCAAGUUCGGCGUGCAGGCGCUGCUGGCCGCGCGGCCCUUCCACAGCCACCUGGCGGUGCUCAAGGCCGAGCAAGCUGCGGUGUUCAAGUUCCCACUGGCACCGCUCGGCUGUUCGGGGCUGGGCUCAGCGCUGCUGGCCACGGGGCCCGGGAUGCCCGGGGCCGCGGGCGCCCCGCACCUGCCGCUGGAGCUGCAGCUCCGCGGGAAGCUGGAAGCCGCCGCCUCCGGGGAAGCUGGCGCGAAAGCCAAGAAGGGCCGCCGGAGCCGUACGGUGUUCACCGAGCUGCAGCUGAUGGGCCUGGAGAAGCGCUUCGAGAAGCAGAAGUACCUCUCCACCCCCGACAGAAUAGAUCUCGCGGAGUCCCUGGGCCUGAGCCAGCUGCAGGUGAAGACCUGGUACCAAAACCGGAGGAUGAAGUGGAAGAAAAUAGUGCUGCAGGGCGGCGGCCUGGAGUCCCCCACCAAGCCCAAGGGGCGGCCCAAGAAGAACUCCAUCCCCACGAGCGAGCAGCUCACGGAGCAGGAGCGCGCCAAGGAGGCGGAGAAGCCCGCGGAGACGCCGGGCGAGGCCCGCGAGGACUGAGCC